GCAGAUUGAUCACAUCAGUAUCAGCAAGACUGUUGAGAGAGCGAGAUCAGUUGUGAGUUCGUUAUGCCUGAGUGGGUUGAGUUUUCCAAGAAAGAGCAAUUGUUAAAAUCUCUUCAACCUGGUGACAGAAUUGAAUUCGAUCGGGGCGUUUAUUGUCAUUGGGCCAUUUUCAUUGGUCUGGACUAUCAAAAUGGAUCGACUUACUACAAAAUUGCGCACAGGACCCACCCUACUUAUGCUGACAAUGAAAUACCGAUCUUCAUGAUUGCCUCCACCAGCAUUCCGUCAUCGACUCAAAGCCUUGGAGGAGGAGCGAUCCGUUAUGACGAUAUUCUUCAUGUGUGGACAAAAGGUCGUGCAAGGAAAAACAACAGUUUGGAUUCAAAAUAUCCUCCUCGACAUCCCGACAAAAUUUUGGCAAUGAUUGAAGCAAUGAUAGACAAUCCAAGUCAGAAUGGUUACAACUUGCUGAAAGACAAUUGUGAACAUUUCGCCAAUGUCGCUCGGAAUGACACCAGCACAAGCCAGCAGGUAGAUAGAGGACUUUCUAUCGCCUCGAUUGUUGGGGGUACGUUGGUGGGGGUAUUUGGCGCCAUUGCUAUUGCAAAAGCAAUAAACACAUCUAAAGAAUCCGACGACGAAGAAGAACCCACGCAAUAUCGAUACGGGAGAUAAAAUCGGUGGGUCGAUACCAAUGGUUAAAGAAGUGUGACAAUUUCCGAAGAGACACAUACCCAUAAGGAGACAUCGUUGGUUUAAUAUUUCAAUUUUUUAAGAUGGUUGUAAAGACGUAUUUGAGCGAAAAUAUAUUUAUAGAUACUCUUCA